CUCAGAUGGAGCUGACAGUGUUGUUAGUGACCAGAUGUGUCUCAGAUGCCGCAGAGCCCGACCACAACCUAGGAAAGGCGGGGUUAAGUAACAAGGAAUUUCCUGGUGAGCUACAACAACACAGGAAGGAUGAAUGUGGGUGUAGCUCACAGCGAGGUGAACCCCAACACACGGGUGAUGAACAGCAGAGGGAUAUGGCUGACCUACCUGCUGUUGACCGUGGUGCUGCACAUUGUCCUGCUCAGCAUCCCCUUCUUCACGGUGCCUCUCGUCUGGACCCUCACAAACGUCAUCCACAAUCUGGUGAUGUACUUGUUCCUGCACACGGUAAAGGGAACUCCUUUUGAAACACCGGACCAAGGCAAAGCCCGUCUGCUGACGCACUGGGAACAGAUGGACUACGGCGUCCAGUUCACAUCCUCUCGCAAGUUCCUCACCAUCUCACCCAUCGUCCUGUAUAUUCUUGCCAGUUUCUACACAAAAUAUGAUGCCACUCAUUUCAUAAUCAACACCAGCUCCCUCCUCAGUGUCCUCCUUCCAAAGUUGCCUCAGUUCCACGGAGUUCGGAUAUUUGGAAUCAACAAAUACUGACACAAUUGAACACUGGAUUUUCACCGCCACUGGAUUUUAACUUCCUUUUUCAACGAACUAUACGUCUGAGGCGUCGUGGUCGAGGACAGGAGAGCCAAUUUGAAGUGUCUUCGUCGCACAGCGGUGUGUGACGGAGGAAUGUAUGAAGAUUGCACAGUUCACGCUGACUCUUGAAAGGCCUGGAAGAAAACCUGUUAAAAUGCACUGCUGCUCUGAUGUGUGUUUAUGAUGAUAAAGGUUACUGAAUCAUUUGACUUUCUUUCCUCUUUAUUGACACUCGUGAUGUGUUUGCACAUGUUCAGACUCUCGACUAGCUCUCUCUCAAAUGUUGUCUUGUAGAACGCGCAAAGUGACCUGCACAUCUUUCUUUCUUUUUUCCAUGGAUUAUGAUGAUCUUUUCUGAUCCCAAAUGAACUUUAUGUCUUAAAACUGUGAGUUUCUAGUCUGUGCCAUUAUAUGAAAAUGUGU